AAGAAACAGUUUUAAUUUAACCUCAAUUUCGUUGAUUAUAACAAAAAUAAAAUAUGAAUAUAAUAAGAAAAUUUCUUUUUAGGCCUACAUGUCUGAAAGCACAUUCACAAUCAAAACGAUGUAUCAGUGGCAGCUUAUAUGAACCCGAUUAUUUAGAGGGGUUAAAACCGAAGGUACCUUUGUACGACACUUUAAAUAUAGAAAUUAAUGGUUACGACUAUCCCGUGGUAGAGAGUUAUCAAAAGUUUCUUCACAAUAUUUUAAAAAAUAUGGACAUUAAUGUUGAAGAUUGUUGGCCUUUACCCGCACAACAUAUGCAAGUCUCUACUUAUAAAACUAAUAGUGCAAUUAUUAAUGCCCAGUAUAAUCUCAAAGUGUACAAUAGAUUUGUUCAAAUUACAGAUGUUUCAGUAACACAGCUUCCAGUAAUUCUAAGGGCCAUAGAAGCAAGUUUACCAGCUGGGGUAAGUGCAAAGGUCCGACCACAUCAAGAAGAGGAUGAAGAAACUCGAUAUGUACCCGAUAGUGAACUUAAUGCACUUAAGCAACAACUAGAUGACCUAGGGGGGCCAUCUAAAUCUAAGAAAUAGUGUAUAAAAUGAAUUAUUAAUAAAAAUUGUACAAAAGAGUAUAGUAUUUAAAAUUUUGAAAAUUUUUUAAUAAAGAACGAAAAUAUGACUAUAAGGUUUAGAUAUCCAUUUUUUGUAUGUAAAUAAAGAGAACGAGUUGGAAUGUGUA